UCAAAAUAUAUAGUCUAAAGAGUGAUUCUUGGACUAACGUUGAUUAUUGUGAUGAGAUAUUCCUUAUCAAAAAAAAUGUUGGUUAUUGUUGGGUGACAUUACGUGAUCCCGGCUUGUUUGUGGAUGGGAAGGUUGAUUGGGGUAGGUAGUUAUAUUUCUGAUCCUGUUCUUAACGUCUAUAAAGGUUGGUACAUUAUUGCCUUUGAUUUAGCUAACGAGAAAUGGGAAAAGGUGGACAAGCCCUCCUAUGGAGUAGGAGAGACUGAACUGCAUGUUGGAAAGUUAGGAAGUGAUCUUUGUGUCUUUACUGAUUAUAAAGGAAGUCAUUUAUGCGUUUGGGUUAUGAGUGAGUAUGGCGUUAAAGAAUCUUGGAUAAAGAAAUUUACCAUCAGAUAUCCAGAUAAUCGAAAAUUGCAUCCACCACCUUUUGUCAUGCAAAAUAAAAGUGAAAUGUUGCGGGCGUUUAGAUCAACUUUCAUGAUAUACAAUUCAAGAAAUGACUCUUUCAAAUUUCCGGAUAUUAUAAACUUUGAUGGCUGUCUUGGUGCGGAAAUCUACAUUGAAAGCCUAGUUUGUCCUUUUUCAUCUGAAAGGACAGAGGAAACAACAAACGAAAGGCCGACAAGGCUCAGAUCAAAACAAUUGAGUAACAUAUAACUUGUAAGAGGAGAGUACUUUCUUCUCAAGUCUUUUCAGCUUUUAUUUGUUAUUUCAAAUAUAAAACAAGAC